UGCCAGUGCCACGCACAGUUCGCGCAUCAAAGGCGAAGGAAUUACAACAAGUCCAAUGGGAGCGGAUCAUAACGGCGUCUCGGCGCUCGGCCUUGUCCUGGCCGUGGCGGCCGCGCUGCUGGCGUGCCAGUGCGCGGCACAGGUGCCGGCGCCGGCGCCGGCUCCAUCUGGUGGCAGCGGGGGCUCUGGCUGCAUGCCGGAGCUCGUCAGCCUUUCCCCGUGCAUGGCCUACAUGUCGGGCAACGCGACGGCGCCCGGGGAGCCGUGCUGCGCGGCGGUGUCCGGCGUGCUGCGGUCCAGCCCGAAAUGCCUCUGCGCGGUGCUCGGCGGCACGGCGGCCACGCUCGGCGUGGCCCUGGACGGCGCCCGCGCGCUGCAGAUGCCCGCGGCGUGCAGGGUCCAGGCCCCGCCCGCCAGCCAGUGCGACUCCAUGGGUGUUCCCAUGUCUUCUCCGGCGACGCCCUACGACCCGGAGGCUACGCCUGCAGGGUCUGGAUCCAAGGCCACUCCGACGCCUCAGUACUCCCUCGGGAAUGUCGACAGAGCAGGAAGGAGAAGUCUGGCCUUCGUCGUCGCCGUCGUAGCAAUAGCUCUGAUUCGUACACCCUGACACCUGUUGGAUUGGCCACGGGGCCUGUAUCUGACGCAGCAGAGGCAGAGACCCCGUUAAACUUGAAUGAAUGUUUGUUUAGCAAGCCUUGAAUGAACAGUUUUACUAAGUACUGAUACUGACAAAAUGGAUGCUAUUUUCCUUUGA